CGACGAGCAGGAGAACGUGCAAAAAGUCACUGCUAAAUAUAAACUUAAGGGUCGUUAUAUCACGCACAAAUAAAGUUGUUAACUGCAAGGAGUGACGAGUUAAUAUCGAGAGCGAGCAUGUUAUGUUGGCGCUAUUGUUUGCUUUGAUUGUUUGAAUUACGUAUCGCACUCAACUACUAGAGAUCCGUUUGCGAUUAACAGCCAGCUUGUACAACACUGUCGAACUUUGGAGCAUGACAUUCUGUUAGGGUGAUCAAGACAGAGAGCCUGUUUCGAGAGCGUCAAGUGAGCAGUGGAAUGUGAAAUUGAUAAAAACGUCACUCCAGGUUGUAAAUAUUAUUAUUGUAUGGACCGAAAAUGGCGCGAUUUACUGAGAUAGUCUGCCGGACGAGUGUCAUACUUUUCAGCCUUAUAUCGCUCGGUUUAACACUCCCAAUUAUUGAAAGAAAAAUGCGAGGACAUGGAUCUACAGACGCGUUUUACCAGCAGGUUCAAACCGCUGGAAAAACAGUGAGAGAACAUGUACCGGUUGAACAUCUAAUCCACCACAAACAAGACCAUCUGAAUUUUACGGCUUCGUCGUUCCAGGAUGACAUUUAUAAAAAGCUCAGCGACUUGCAAGCGAAGUUUGAAGAACUCUCUGACCAAAAUGAGGCGUUGAGACGGAGAUUGGAUAAGAAGGUUAACCUGAAUCAGAAUAUAGAUGCACUUGUCGGAAAGCUGGGGAGAAUACUGGGAGAGAAGUAUGUUGGGGAUGCCUUAGGCAAGCUUGCCGACGGUGCUCGUGAAGAAUUCGGUGGUGAUGAUGGUCGAAUGGAGGAGCAGAUCAACAAGGUGUCUGAAUACCUCGGUAACAGGGAGGCGGAAUUGGCUAGCUACGUCCGUAACCGAUCGCCGUCUUCAAGUAUUCCGUUCUUAGUAAAUCAACUUCGGCAGGAUCCUGCAUCAAAUGACACUAGAGCUGUGAUUGACUUCAUUGCCAAAUAUCUAAUUCAGCUCGGCAACUUUGCAGAAUCAAACACCGACGAUUCAAAGAAUCAGGUCUCACCAGGUGCCUCAAAGAAGGAAGAAUUCCUCAACGGAUCAGCGAAUGUCAUCAGAGAAACUGAACUUCAGCCAGUCAGGGUAUCCCGCGCAGAAUUGGCUUCACAUUCGCCAAACACCGACAGAGUGGAUGCAUCGAGAAAGAUUGCGUUCUCAGCUGCAGCAAUUGAGCCACAGUAUGGAGAAGAAGGUGUUGCCCAGGCCGUCCAGUUUCAAGAUGUCAUAGAAAACAUUGGAGAAGACUUCCUGGUCUCCAAUUACACGUUCGUCUGCAGUGUACCGGGAUGGUAUUACUUCACGUACAGCUUACGGACAGCAGAUGGCAAAUACCUCGGCGUGCUGCUGAUGAAGAAUGACGAUUAUGUGGUGGGCAUUUACACAGACGAAGACGACCGGAAUACGAUGGAGACCCAGAGUACAGUCAUAUCCCUCCUAGCAGGGGAUGCAGUAUGGCUGCGUCUAGCACCUUCCUCAGAGUUUGGGCUUUUUAGCGAUAAGUACAGAUAUUCCACUUUUACUGGAUUCUUACUCUUCAAGGAAUAAUGUCGACAGUGGUGGAUUCAGUGAAAGGACAAUGGGUUUAGAGCAUUAUUCCGUAUGAUAAGGCUCAGUCUCUUCAAGUAUUUAUCUUUUCCCCGAAUAUAUAUAUAUAUAUAUUAUGCGAAAGGAAUAAGAGAAUAAUCUUUGCGUAGCUUAAAACAAAGUGAACCAUUCCUCACUUUUUAUUUUUAUUUGAUAAAUAUAUAAGUCUGUAGAGAUCUAUGUUUUUAUAAAGACUAGGGAUUCAUCAGAUAUUAUCUUUUUAAGAAUAUAUCUGAAAAUUAUGUCUCAGCAGCAGCAAACUUCUCGGCAACUUUGUUUGGUUAGCCUUUCUCACAUCAAUCUGAAAAUUGUUGUAGCUAUGCAUCAUUGCGUAGAGUAUUCCAUAAUUGCUAGCGUCAUGACAAUUCAAUGUAUAUGCUGAGUACCAUUUUGGGUUGAUAUGUAGCGCGUUCUAAAGUCUCCAUCAGUGGUAAUGGUGGAGGAAACUCUUCACGGGGACACGCCGGGUCACCAGGAAAGGACUUUAUUAUGCCAUCCUAUAUCAAUAUAGCCAUUAUAAUAUCUGUUAAGCGCCUAGAUGAAUCGACGAUGCACAAAGUGCUAUAUGAAUCCAAGAUAUUAUUAAAUUUAUUAUAGCUAGUUUUCUCGAAAUCUACGUUUGCAAUAUUAUAGCCUAUUGUCUACCAAUAGGGAACGCAUUUAUCUAAUCAUGUACAUUUUAGUAACCUUCAACAGCAGUACAUUUUACUACAAAGAAGAAGGUAUAGAUGAAAAGAAGUGCCUUGUUUGCUAUACACACAUGAAGUGGCACGAUAUAGUGGUAAAGUGAUCAAAAAAUGUAGUAAUAAUUUAUCAAAUUUGUUUGUCUAAGUCUAUAUUUACUCUUUGAUUCACGACAAGAAAGUUGAAAUUGUUAAACUUUUGCUCAUUUGAUUGUUAGAGCUAUUAAAAAAGUCCAAAUCCUAGGACUACGUAUUCCAUAUACUCUACGUAGUUCGAGGAUUUUUGCAUUGUCCGAUCAACCGUUGGAGAGUUUUAUGCCCAACUGUUUAAUGACGAUCACAUUUUACUAAUAAUUUAGCCAAACUCACUCGAGUUGGAGAUGUUAUUGUCUGAGCGUCACUUUAGCAUAUACUUAUCUAUUAUGUACAGCAUAUUUCCCCAAUAUUUUUUCUGCUGAAAUGCUGUCUCCAUGCUGCCUAGUGCCUUUGUAGAUAAUUUUGACCAACCACCAAAGAGUAACAUUUUAAAAUUAGGAAAAAGGUAUAUGUAAUGUAUCCAUGUCUGCCGGAUCUCAAUAUAAUAACAAUAAUGACAUCAAUACUGAUGAUCAUGAUGAUCAUUAUCAUCUUCUUCGUCUUCAUCAUCAGAAACAAAUAACGAAUAUACAAUAAAUAAACAACUAAAUAAAAUAGAUAAAAUGAUAUGGUUUUAUCAACCCAGGAAAGCCUCAUCAGUAGUCAUGCUGUUCAUAAUGGGGGCACUGUGAUCAUUUGUUAUUAGAAUAUUUAUGAUUGUGUAACUAUAAUCGCACUGUAAAUGUGGAUCGACCGAAGAAGAAGAACUUUGCUUCAACUCAAAAUUUGUCUUAACUUUCCUUAUUCGAAGGUCACACCAAAUUAAAUGUUAUAAUCUCGAAUAAGUUAUCAUAUUUUAGACGUGGUAACUUGUGCAGUUCCUAAUAAGUCUAAUAUACUUCCGAACUAAUCGUCUGUUAUUCAAGUUGUGAAUUUAAAUCAUUAUUGUCGGGAGAUUUUUAUAAAUUUGUAAGGUGCAUAACGAUAACUUUAAUAAAUAAAUCCUUCUCAAAUGUCAUGCUCA